CUACAGGAAUGUAGAAAGCGAGAAUAUCAGCUGGAGAAUAUUACGAGUAUGUUGUCGCUAGGUUGCUUGUGAGGUUAUAAUUUUGCAUGGAAAUAUUUUUGUUAUCAAAGUUAAAUGACUUGUUGAUUGUGCGUUGUGACGUUAUCCUUUGUUAAAUAACAAGAACAGUGUACAAAUACUUACAACGUAACUAACCUAAAACUGGCUUAAGUGCGGAGAAUAUAGUGAAGAGUUGUAAACAAGAUAAUUUUAUUAUUAGUAUAUUAAUGGUCAUAAGUUAAGUAGUUUUUUGUAUAAAUAUGGCUGUGAAUAUUACUAAAUUGUCUAAACUGGGGCCCGUUGUGUGCAACAUUAACAAUAUCAGGGCAUUGUCAACCACAAGCUCAUACAACGCAAAAGUAAGUUUCAACUGGGAGGACCCUUUGAAUUUAGAUCGUCAAUUACAAGACGACGAAAAGGCAGUUCGGGACUCAUUGAGAGCUUAUUGUAAAGAGAAACUUAUGCCAAGAGUAAUAGAAGCAAAUAGAAACGAAGUGUUCGAUCGAGCGAUUUACAAAGAAAUGGGCGAGUUAGGGAUCCUCGGAUGUACUAUUAAGGGCUACGACUGUGCGGGUGUAUCAUCUAUUACUUACGGACUCAUUACAAGGGAAUUGGAUGGAGUAGAUUCCUCGUAUAGAUCCGCAAUGAGUGUGCAGAGCAGCUUAGCGAUGGGGGCAAUAUACAUGUACGGUUCAGAGGAACAAAAACAAAAGUAUCUAUCUAGUAUGGCUAAAGGGGACUUAGUAGGAUGCUUCGGAUUGACCGAACCGGAUUUCGGAAGUGAUGCUGGGGCUUUAGUAACGAGAGCAAAGUACGAUUCUAAAUCAAAAACUUACAGCCUCACUGGAUCGAAAACAUGGAUAACCAACUCGCCUAUCGCUGAUAUCCUUAUUAUCUGGGCCAAAACUGAGGACGAUAAAGUGAGAGGUUUUAUAGUUGAGCGAGCCCAAGUUAAAAAGGGACUGGACACGCCCCGAAUCAAUGGUAAAUUUUCUUUGAGAGCUUCAGCAACGGGCAUGAUAUUGCUCGACGAAGUCGUUAUACCGGAGGAGAAUUUAUUGCCUGGCGUAGUAGGUAUGAAGGGGCCGUUCGGAUGUCUCAAUAAUGCGCGAUACGGAAUCGCUUGGGGCGUCCUCGGUUCAGCUGAAACAUGUUUGCGGAUAGCUCGUGAGUACACAUUAGAUAGGAAACAAUUUGGCAGACCACUCGCUUCGAACCAGCUGAUACAAAAGAAAUUGGCUGACAUGAUUACAGAAAUAAGCCUCGGUCUGCAAGCUUGCCUACACGUAGGACGUCUGAAAGAUGAGGGACUCGUGGCUCCUGAAAUGAUUUCCCUUCUCAAAAGAAAUAACUGCGGCAAAUCUUUAGAAAUUGCGAGAGUCGCACGGGAUAUGCUCGGCGGUAAUGGAGUUUCUGAUGAGUACCACGUUAUUAGGCAUGUUAUGAACUUAGAGGCAGUUAAUACUUAUGAAGGUACUCACGAUGUUCACGCUCUUAUAUUAGGGAGAGCAAUUACUGGAAUUCAAGCAUUUUUCUAAACGUUGCUAAUCACGUCUCUGUUCUAAGCAAUUAUUUUUUAUGUAAAUAAAUAAAUUAUGAUAUUUUGUAAUCUAAAAAUUUUAUUUUUUGUGAAUAAAGUCAAUAGGUAUUGCCA